AUGGCAGCCACUCAAACUAUCCGCGUCCCCCAUCUGGGCGGCAUCGACGCCGGCUACACUCUCUCCAACGGCCAAUAUGACCCCUCCAAGCCGACCUGCGUGCUCAUCAACUCCAUGUGCAUGACCACCGCGCUCUACCGCCCGCAAUUCGAGAGCGCCGAGCUCACCGCCGCCGUCAACCUGCUGGCCAUCGAGCCGCUGGGACACGGCGCUACUAGCUGCGCCACGGAGCACUUCACCUACUGGGACUCGGCCAUCAUGGCGCUGCAAGUCCUCGACGCACUGAACAUCAAGAAGGCGUUUACGCUAGGAACCAGCCAAGGCGGCUGGGUUGUGAUGCGGAUGGCCCUGUUGGCGCCCGAGCGGAUCCAAGGUGUCAUUCCCCUGGGUACGUCCAUGGACAGCGAGUCGCCCGACUCCCGCAGCAAGGGAUGCUGGGACCCCGCGCCGCUGCUGGCGCCCUUCCACGACAAGUGGUCGUCGGCGACGGCGACGCCCGACUUCCUCAUCGACGACGUGUGGUGCGGCAUGGUGAGCGGCAUCGGAUUCGGCGCCAACUCUCCCGCCGAGACGGGCGAGUUCUGGACCAAGACGUUGAAGGAGGUGUACCGCGGAGAUGAGGGCCGCAAGAAGGUGCGCAUGGCAGUGAACUGCCUGCUGGAGCGCGACGGGCUGCUGAUGCGCCUGCGCGACGUCAAGUGCCCCGUAUACUGGCUGCAGGGCAGUGAGGACACGCCGUUUGGCACAACGGUGCCGGUGGAGCAGAUUCGGUUGCUGAGCGGGUCGGUGGAGGCGUCACUGCGGAUGGUCGAGGGAGGAGCCCAUUAUCUGAACGCGACCAACCCGGCUGAAGUAAACCAGGCUGUCUUGGAGAUGGUCCGGAAAUAUGCCUAA